GAUAACGUAAAAUUUUGUCCGGAGCAAAUAAGUACUCCGUAUAGAAGGAAUAUCAAAUCAAAGUGCUUCGUUCAAUAUAUUCAUUCAUUAUUGAUUGAGAAGGCUACACGUACACCCAACUCGGUGACAGACUGGCAAGUGGAUUGCAGAGAAAGAUUUUGAACCGCCACACUACACACAGUAUUAUAUAUGAGCUUUUAAUUAAGGAAACCAUUCGAAUGGUAUCCAUUAUUAUCCACCAUUCUCCAAAUUAAGGAAACCUCAUUACUAGGGAUUAUGAUAGUGUGCAUCUGAAGUAUUUACCAAAUGAAGUUUGAAAAAGAAUAUAGGAGACGAAUGGUGUCCGAGUGGGUAGACGCCUAUAUGGAUUAUGAUGGUCUGAAAAAAAUACUGCACGAAAUUGGCGUGUCUCAAGCUGAAAACAGGGAUCGGCAUGGAGAAGACAUCGAGGGCCAGGUGAUCAAAACUAGUCCCUCUGUUGGGAAUCGUAGCAGAAACCUCUUUUGGAGGAAUCUUUUCCAGUCAUCCGAAGAUACAUUAGAAAAGGCUGAGGUGAACUUCUUCAAAAAACUCGAUGAAGAGCUCAACAAGAUUAAUGCAUUCUAUAAAGAUAAGGUCGAAGGAGUUUUGAACGAAGCAACCGAGUUAAACAAGCAAAUAGAUGCAUUCUCUGCAUUGAGAAUUAAGAUGCAAAACCAUGCUAUCAAGGGGUCUGAUUCGGUGGAUGAUAUGGAACCUUUAAGAAUGAGAGCAAGAAAUGGAGACAAUUGCCAAGAAGGAUCUUGUGUAAAUAACAGCAGGAGUUGCAGGGGAAACAUGGAUCUCACAAAAGAUACAUCAAAUUCAAAUCUCGUGAAGACCCUUGAGCGUAGGAAGAUAAGAAACGAAGCUGGAAGUCCAACAUCGGCAAUAAGACGCAUUUCAAGAGGUCUGAACGACGAGGAAAGGAGUUUAAGUAAGGAAGAAUUGAAAGAGGUUGCACAACAAUUAAAAGUUACCUUGACCGAAUUUUACCAGAAGCUCCGGCUUCUAAAGAGCUUCAGCUUUACGAACCUCUCGGCGUUUGCUAACAUUAUGAAGAAGUAUGACAAGAUCACUUUGAGGCAUGCAGCUCGGUCAUACAUGAAAAUCGUGGACAAAUCUUACCUGGGGAGCUCUAAUGAGGUUACAGAACUAAUGAAUAGUACAGAAAACUUAUUCGCCAAACACUUUAAUGGAAAACGAAUUGAAGGAAUGAAGCCUUCGAGACAAGGAAGACGAAGAGAGCGAAACGGAGUAACAUUCUUUUCAGGCUUAUUUUCUGGUUGUUCGAUUGCACUUGUCGUUGCCAUUAUUCUUAUGGUGCGAGCGACGAGGUUUAUGGAGAAAGGACAGAGAACCUCUAAUAUGGAUAACAUGUUUGGACUUUACAGCUUGUUUUUGUUUAUAGUCCUACAUAUGCUCAUGUAUGCUGGUGACUUGUACUUUUGGGAGCGCUAUCAAGUAAAUUAUCGGUUCAUAUUCAAUUUCAAGAAAAGAACGGCAUUGGGCUAUCAUGAACUUUUUCUUCUUAGCACAGGUCUUGCAGUUCUAGCUCUUGCUAGUUUCCUAGCAAAUCUUAAUAUGGUUUUUGGCUCAAAAAUGGAAGUCCCCAAGAACUUCUCCAAGUCGAUGCCUUUAAUUGUUGCAUCGGUGUUUCUUGCAAUUGUUUUUCUUCCUUUCAACAUCAUUUAUCACACAAGUCGAUUUUCUUUGAUCAAACGUUUAUUUCGCUGCAUAUGUGCUCCCUUUUACAAGGUCACGCUCGCAGACUUUUUCUUUGCAGAUCAACUAACUAGUCAGAUUCAGGCAUUACGGAGUAUUGAGUUCUACAUUUGCUACUAUAGUCACAAAGGUAUCCCACAAGGACAAAGCAACUGCCAUGAUUAUAAAAUAUACAACAUUUUCUAUUCCGUCCUACCAAUCGUACCAUAUUGGUUCAUCUCCCUUCAGUGUCUUCGACGUUUGGUUCAAGAGAAGGAUCACAUACACGGAUAUAAUGCUCUAAAGUAUCUUGUAGCUGUAAUUGCUAUCAUCAUAAGAACAGUUUAUGAACUCCGCCAAGGAACUCUCUGGUUGGUGCUAGCUCUAAUCAGCUCGGCUUUAGCUGUUGCGUAUAAUGCAUAUUGGGAUAUUGUGGUUGAUUGGGGGCUCUUGCACUUGAAAUCAAACAAGCUUUUCCUGCGAGAUAAACGUUUGGUUUCACACAGGAGCGUGUAUUUUGUUGCAAUGGUCAUUAAUGUACUAUUAAGAGUUGCUUGGCUGCAGCUUGUUCUAGCAUUCGACAUACAUGGCUUCCGCAAGACAGCUAUUUCAAUCCUAAUUUAUUGUCUGGAAAUAAUUCGUCGUGGCAUCUGGAACUUUUUCAGGUUGGAAAAUGAACACUUGAACAAUGUAGGGAAAUUUAGAGCUUUCACAUCGGUUCCUUUGACAUCUAAUCACCAUGAUCGAAGCAAUGAUGAUGAUGAUGAUGAUGAUGAUGAUGAUGAUGUUGAUGAUGAAACAGUUGAUUGAUAAAUCAUUAUGUUUAUCCCUGUGCUAGGAUGCCAUGCCGAAUGAGGACUCGAGAAAGUAAGAAGGUUAGUUGCUAUUAGCAGGUAAUGCGGGUGCAUGCGACCUUUGAUCAAGUAUAACGAAGAUUUAUCGUACUUAAUAUUGUUAUACAGCCCAAAGUUGUUCCCCAGAUUGGCUAAUUUAGCUCUGAAGCGCUUAAUCAACUACUGAUAUUUAUGUCGAGCCCAGGGGGUGGCUUGGCAUACGCAACUCAGAAGCUUAUGUAACAAUUUUUUUUAGCUAUAUGAAGGUAAUGUAAGCUAAAAUUGUUGUAGUUAUGUAAUGCUAAUUUGUUGGGUGUAUAUCCUGGCAGUGAAGUUUGUGACACUAAUACACAAGUGAUGUACUCCUUUCAGUUCUGCGAGUUUGUUCCACAUGAAUUUUUGUGCUCCUUGAAGCACUAGCUAGCCAGUCUUCAGUUGGCAUUAUGUUGAUAAGAAUUUUGUUUCAAUCCUAGAAGUAGGUUGUUUUAUAUGAUCUUGAAUGUUAGCAGGAAGUCAAGCUUUGUUGUAAUUGUGAAAGCUUUUAAAAACGUUUGAUGAUUGGUUGUCAAUUGUUGGUUAUUAUAAUAGUAACAAUUGUUUGGGCACAUUUCACAAUUAGUUGUUAGCUAUUAGUAACUAAUAGUUGAUUGUUGGUAAGUUUAUUGAUUUGUUCGACUAGCUAAUAAUAUUGAUUUUUUUGUUAGUUGGUAAGUUAACUAUUUAAGUCAAAAGUCAAUCAUACAAUCUAUUAAAGAUGAAGUUUAAUUCCAUACG